CUCCCCGGCUGUCCUAUCCCAUCUCACUGCGGGCACAGGACAAUGCUGCUGGGGCAAGCUCCUCCUGUGAGCUUCAGAACCAAACCCAAUUGCUUGGAAUUGCAGAUUCAAAGCCAUGUGCGUCUCUUGUCCUUUGCUCAGAUUUGUUUCUGUGACACUCCAUGUACGAAAAUGCUGCGCUCAACUGUUGGAAAUGCAUUUCUCGUUAGAGCUGGGCAUUCUCCCACACCCAAAGACGUUCUUUCUUGGAACCCUAACACUGCCAACGAUGGUUUGAGUUCGAAUGUAGAGAAUUCACCAGAUAUUAGCAUUGUAACUGAAGGCUUUGAGCGUGAUUCGGUUAUUACAAAUAGUGAUUCUAUGAUAAAAUCUAGGGGCAGGUUAUCUGGAAGUUUUGACAAACUGAAUGCGCAGAAAGUCAAGGGCCUCAUUCACAGAACUAUUCAUAAGAAGCAGGAAAGAAGCAUUAAUGAUGAUAACCUGGUUGUGGAACAUCCAGAAUUAGGAAUAGAAGAUGACUGGGAACAAUCUGAGGAAUCAAAUUCUCACGUAGGUUAUCAGAACACACCCAAUAAAUCUCAAAACAAUGACAACAGAACAGAGAGUUCAGGUAUAUUAGUUGAAAGACAUUCUGCCUCGCGUUUAAAAGGAUGGGGUGGUGGAGGAUCUUCACGUACUUUUAAGACUGAAUCAAAAAAACUGCUAAAGGAACAGAGAAAACGAUUGUCUGACAGUGACUUUUUCAGUCGAAAGUCCUUCAAAGAUCUAGGAUGCAGUGAAUAUAUGAUUGAAUCUCUGGCAAAGCAAUUUUAUCUACGGCCUUCACAUAUACAGGCCAUGGCAUUUGAACCAGUAUAUACUGGAAAGAGUUGUAUGAUAGCUGAUCAAAGUGGUUCUGGAAAGACUGUAGCAUAUCUUGCACCAAUAAUUCAGAAGCUUAGACAAGAAGAAUUGGAAGGACUUUCCAAUUGCUCUUCACAAGCUCCUCGAGUGGUUAUAUUGGCACCAACUGCUGAGUUAGCUUCUCAGGUGUUAGCUAAUUGUCGAUCGAUGUCAAAAUCUGGUGUUCCAUUCAAAUCUAUGGUGGUAACAGGUGGCUUUCGACAGAGAACUCAAUUGGAGAAUUUAGAGCAGGGUGUUGAUGUUUUAAUAGCAACUCCCGGCCGUUUUAUGUUCCUCAUCAAGGAAGGCUUCUUGCAGUUAACAAAUUUAAGAUGUGCUGUGUUGGAUGAGGUAGAUAUACUUUUUGGUGAUGAGGAUUUUGAAGUGUCGCUUCAGUGCUUGAUUAAUUCUUCACCAGUUGCCACACAAUAUUUAUUUGUGACCGCAACUUUACCAAAAGACAUUUACAAUAAACUAGUUGAAGUUUUUCCUGAUUGCGAAGUGAUCAUGGGACCUAGCAUGCACCGGAUAAGCUCUCGACUUGAGGAGGUUCUGGUUGAUUGCAGUGGAGCUGAUGGGGAAGAAAAAUCCCCCGAUACAGCAUUUCUUAAUAAGAAAACAGCUCUUCUACAGAUUGCAGAAGGAAGUCCCGUCCCAAAAACCAUUGUCUUCUGCAACAAAAUUGAAACCUGCAGAAAAGUUGAGAAUGCAUUGAAGCGAUUUGAUAGGAAAGAGGCGCGCGUACAAGUUCUACCUUUCCAUGCUGCCAUGACACAGGAAUUACGGCUUGCUAACAUGGAAAAGUUUACACAUUCUCAAUCAAAGGAAGUCUCCCAGUUUCUGGUUUGCACUGAUAGAGCGUCACGAGGUAUCGACUUUACCGGAGUGGAUCAUGUUAUACUUUUUGACUUCCCACGUGACCCGAGCGAAUAUGUCCGCCGUGUUGGAAGAACUGCAAGGGGUGCUGCUGGAAAGGGCAAGGCAUAUAUCUUUGUGGUUGGCAAGCAAGUAUCACUUGCACGUAAAAUCAUGGAUAGAAAUAGGAAGGGUCACCCUCUACAUCAUGUGCCUUCUGCCUAUGAGCUCAUGAAGUAGAAACCUUAAAGCUGCACACAUUUAUAGGUUUCUCUAAGGAAACUUUCACCUUUGUGAGCCAUAUUCAACUUGUAUAAAUAUUAUAUAUCUUUUUGAUCAAAACGUAUUUCUGACUGCUUCCUCUA